GUGAUGGCUACACUGCAGCGUUGUCAACUUGUACACUCAUGGUAUAGCUUUAUUUUGUGACAGCUGACAUCAAAAAACACUGCUUUGGCUCCAAUUUCAUAAAAAAAUUUCAAAAAGCAUUACUUUUCAACUGACAUUAACGUUUAAUUGUGCACAAACCAAGGCAUAAAACUCUUUUAAACGAAAUGCCGCAGCUAAGGAAAAGGCAACUGCUGAAGGCAUCUCCAAAAUCCCCGAAAUCAGUGCCACAAACGUCAACCGUCGAAACGGAUCAGAAAUUGAGCACCAUAAACAUUGACGUCCGAUCAUGUUUUGUGUGCCGAAAGGAUACAUCAAUAUUCAGCGAAAAUCUGCUCAAAAUCAACACAGCACACAGCGACACACCGGUACUGAAGUAUAUCGAAAAAUUCAUUGGAUAUCCAUUGGUCAAGCAUGAAUCUUUUGAGAAGCUAAUCAUAUGCAAAUGUUGCAUGACCAAAAUCGAUGAAUUCGACAAGGCAUACAUAACAGCCAAAUUGGUACAGAUCGAAUUGAGAGAACUCCUACACGCCAGUGUCCAGUCCAUGGAAGCCUUCAAAGAAAGCCCAACCGUAUUAGAAGAACCGACCACCCACCGGUACAUUGUCACCGACGUUGACGACAAUCAAACAACGCCAUAUGUUCAGACCAACAUUCUGGAGGAAAUGGCUAACAAUGAGGACGUCAAAUUGGAAAUCGAAAUACUCGAUGAAGAAGAGAAUCUGGACGAAUCCUACCAAUACGACAUGGACGAUGCGAAUGUUGAGUGCCUGGAAGAGUAUGAAAUUAUCGAAGAGCAGGAGAAUCUGGAUGAGGAAUAUUUUGAAAGUCAUUUGAGCGAUACGGAAGAAUUGUUGGAAGAAAUGCAUUCGAAGGAAAAUGAUUUCGAUUAUGGGGACUGCAUUACAAUGACUUGUGACUUGUGCAACACAAAUUUUAAGAGCCUGGCGGAAAUGGACGCACACAGCAAAGAAAUUCAUGGCCGGAUAGCCAAGAAAAUACCAAAGAUCGUUAAAUUGAAAGGACCAGUUUCGGCGCCCAAAGAAAAUCGACCGUUUGUGGACCAUAUGAAAGUGAGGAAAUCGGAACCAACGAAAAAGUGUAAAAUUUGUCUGAGCAAAUUCUACACCACGGACGAUGUUAAGGCACACAUAGAGGCUGUCCAUGAGUUCGAUGAUCAACGGUGCGAGAUUUGCGGUAUUGUCUGUACUGGCAAAGUGAAACUCCAAGAGCAUAUGGAUCUACAUGCCACAAGAAAACCGCUAGAAUGUGUAAUUUGUAGUAAAGAAGUGAAACGACGCUCUUUUCUCCGUCAACAUAUGCUUAUCCACACUGGCGAGAAGGUUUACCAAUGCGAUCUUUGCGGUAAACAAUUCAUCCAUCAUUCGUCGAUGCGAAUGCACAUGAGGAUGCAUCGCGACAUUCGAGACUCAGAAUGCGAGAUCUGUGGCCACAAAUCCCGUUCCAAAUCACAUUUAAACAAACAUAUGUUGACGCAUACUGGCGAGAAAAAGUGGCAAUGCUCCAUAUGUCUGAAUCGAUUCGCCAGCGGCGGAAACAUGCGAGCCCAUAUGAACAUUCACUUAGGAAUUGCGUCGCGGAAGAAGCACACAUGCAUGAUGUGCAGUCAAGUGUUUCCCAGCUUAAGUAAAUUAAAUGCACAUCAACAGUUGGCACACGACACAGCACUUCAACAGGCUGGCGAAGCCGUUUAAUCAUUGUACCAAUUCAAGAAUAAUAAACUAAAUGACAUGACUAAC